AUGGCGUCUCUCGUGGAUUGGCUCUGGACUUUCUGUCGUGUGGGAAUGUUUCUUGGGAUUCUACCUGUGCAAAAAGCAGAGAACGAUGCUAAGAAAGUGACAUUUCGAUUCUGGAGUUUCCCCUUUUUCUGGUCUCUCCUCAUCAUCUGCGCAAGUGUCACUUCCAUCGGCUGGGUAGUACCACUCUUCUACAAGUACUUCGAUCUGAAUGGGUAUACGCUGGCAGAUCGAAUCGGUUCUUACGUCAUGGUCGUUGCUGGAUUCGGGAUCACUUUGACCUACGUCUCGGCUCAACUACUGACUGCUCGAAAAGUCCCGGGGUUGCUGGAAGAUCUCUACGAAUCCUGGAAGGAGUUGGAGUCUGUGGACAGUUCCACUGCGGCUUCCUCCUCUGGCCGAUCGUUUCUUUUCACUUUGUUCUGCUGCGGCUCCUUCUAUCUCGCAGAUGUCUCCAUGUCCUGUGUGAUUGUUCAGGGAUUCCCUCACCUUGCGUGGAUUGUGAGCUCUGCUCUCAUGUUGGUCAUCGAAGCCGGACUCUUGGCUCUCUUCCUGUUCAUCUGUCUUUCGUGUCAGAUCCUCAAGGUGAUCUUGGAGGAGCGAUUGUGGGAACUGCGGAAUGCCACGAAAUCCCUACGGAACGGAGAAGUUUUGGCGCUCUAUUUGGAGACGCAUCUUCGAGUUUCUCAAUUGAGCAGGAGGCUGUCUUCCGCAUUUCAUCCCACUCUCUAUCUCAGCUUUCUCACGCAAAUCCUGAUGACCAUUACAUUUGCCUUCUACAUAAUCUCUUGGAUUAUGAGAAGUUCCUGGCUCAUGGCUGGGAUGGCUUUGGCGAGAACUUUGUUCGGCGACUUUCUCCUCUUUUCCCUCUGUCGGACUGCCGACGGCCUCUCAUCUAAGGCAGAGGAGAUCAUUCUCACGCUCACGAGUGAUAGGACCUUGAUUUUAGACGAGAAAUCCAGGAAUCAGGUGAUGCAUUUCGAGUCUUUGACAAGGACUCAUCAGGUGAAACUACAGGCGUCAGGAUAUUUCACCCUCAACAAGGCUCUUCUUACUUCCGAGUACUUAGAUCGUAAUGGGAAUACGCUGGCAGAUCGUAUCACUUCCUACAUCAUGGGUUUCGCCGGACUUGGCGCCGUCUUGACCUACAUCUCGUCCCAACUUGUGACGGCACGGAAAGUCCCCGGAUGGCUGGAAGACGUCGAUGAGGCCUGGAACGGAUCGAAAUCGGUGGUUGGAUCCGCCGCGGAAUCCUCCUCCCGUCGAUCGUUCCUCAUCACCGUGUUUUGCUGCAGCUGCUUCUAUCUCGUAGAUGUGGCCUCCGUCUGGAUCAGUACACUAGGGUUCAUCCACCCGGUGGGCAUUGCGUGCAGUGUCUUCACGUGUGUCGUCGAAACCGGACUGAUGACCCUCUACCUCUUCAUUUCACUCUCGUGUCAGAUUCUUAAGGUGAUCCUAGAGCAGCGAGCCUGGGAAUUACAGAAUACUCUGAAACCCUCGAGUAAAGAAGUCUUGUCCCUCUACUUGGAGACGCAUCUGCAAGUGUCUUACUUGUCAAGGAGGUUUUCUUCCGUACUCCAUCCCGCGCUCUUCCUGAAUUUUCUCACGGACAUCGUCAUGACCAUCGUAUUCGCCUUCUUCAUCAUCUCGUGGGCCCUGGAAGGUUCCUGGCUUAUGGCUUCGAUGGCUUCGGUGAAAACUUUGUUCUUCAAUUUCCUUCUCUUCUCCCUCUGUCAGACUGCCGACAGCCUCUCUUCCAAGGGAGAGGAGAUCAUUCUCACGCUCACGAAUGAUAGGACCUUGAGUGCAGACAAAAAAUCCAAGAUUCAGGUGAUUCAUUUUGAGUCCCAGACGCGGACUCAUCAGGUGAAACUGGAAGCCUCAGGGUAUUUCACCCUCAACAAGGCUCUUCUUACUUCUGUGGCGAGUAAUAUGCUGACGUAUCUGAUAGUUUUACUGGAGUUUCGCAGACCAGUCAUCCAGUCAUCCAUGAGCCAGUUGGGCUCAUGUGAUAACAUGCAAUUCCUGGAUGAUUCCGGGACUCGCCUGCGAUUCGGUGUCACUUCCGUCGGCUUGGUUAUACAACUCUUCCAGAAGUACUUCAAUCAGUUUGGGUAUACGCUGGGAGAUCGAAUCGGUUUCUACAUCAUGAUCAUGGCUGGAUUCGGGAUUACUUUGACCUACGUCUCGGCUCAACUACAGACGGCUCGAAAAAUCCCUGAGUGGUUGGAAGAUCUCCACGAAACCUGGAAGGAAUUGGAGUCAGUGGAGGGGUCCACAGCGGCUUCUUCCUCCCGUAGAUCCUUUCUUUUCACGGUGCUCUGCUGCGGCUGUUUCUAUCUAGCAAAUGCAGCUAUGUCCUGGAUCGUCAUCCAUCAACAAUUUUCAGUCCCUUCGACGGUUGUGAACACUGCUCUCAUGUUGGUCAUCGAAGCCGGGCUCUUGACUCUCAUCCUAUUCCUCUCUCUUUCGUGUCAGGCAGUAGAUGGAAACCUUCUGGCUUGUGAGGAUGGAAACCUUCUGUCUGAACCUGAAUUCGACGUUCUUGACUGA